AUGGAGAGCAAGACGUGCCGCUCUGUUCUGGGCCGCGGCUUCACUAGGUCUUCCUUUGAAGUCCCUGAGAUCAUCAGUACGCUGCGUCAGGCCGGGAAGAGCUCGGCGCGCAACGAUGACCUCGCAGCGCACAAACCCGCCGCCUCUUCCUCCUCAGAAGACUGUACUCCGUCCGCGUCGUCGGCCUUCGGCGCUGCCACCAUGUUCGCCAAGAGGUUUGAGGUUCUGUUCUGUGGAAGAGUGACCGUCGCCCACAAGAAAGCCCCGCCCGCUUUGAUUGACGAGUGCAUCGAGAAAUUCAGCCAAUCCGUAAGGGCCGGGGCGAUCCUCAACCAGAAAGUCAGGGGAGGAGGGUACGGUGCCUCUAGUGGUGGGAGGCCGGUGAUGUUCCAACCAGACCCCAGUUUCCCCUGCCUCAGAGCCCUGGAUGAGAACGGCCUGUCACCUGAACUACACACACACACCGCUGGGGUCCAGCCCACCAGUCUACAGGAGAACAGGACCAUGCUGUUCAUGACACUCGGUUUCUAUAUCUGUGUGUGUUUUCUUCCUGGUCAGAUCUUCCUGGUCAGUCCAGACACUAAGAAGGUUGCCAUAGAGAAGAGCUUCAGAGAAAUAUCUUUCUGCUCACAGGGUAUUCAUCAUGUGGAUCACUUUGGGUUCAUCUGUAGAGAGACAGUAGAAGGAGGGAGCUGUACGUUCGUCUGCUAUGUCUUCCAGUGUACUGAUGAAUCCCUGGUGGAUGAGAUCAUGUUGACUUUAAAGCAGGCGUUCUCUGUGGCCGCCCUGCAGCAGAGUGUAAGGACCAGGAGCCAGCAGUGUGACAGUUGCCCCAUGCAGCAGCUGCACAGGCUGUGUGAGAGGAUAGAAGGUCUCCUCCCGUCUAAAGCCAAGCUGGAGUUUCAGAAACAUCUGGCCACACUGGACAACCAGGAACAAGCUGCCGUGUUCGAGAACACUGUGAGGGCCAGUCCUAAGAGUGACCAGGAGGAGAAUGAGCUGGUGAUGGGGUCUUUGAGGAGUCUGUAUGAACAGAAACAGAGGAGUCAUCAACACACAGAUCACAGACCGGUACCAGAGGCUCCAGUCCCAGUAGAAGUCCAGUCCAGUAGCAGACAGAGAUUAGAGCAGUUUAAAACCAGAGCAAAACGCUCCCUCACAGAGUCACUGGAGGGCAUCUGGAAGGGAAGUAGCAAAGCCAGGGCUCAGAGAGAGAACAGUGAAGGAGACAUCAGUUCAUCGGACUCUACACUGAACUCCACUGAACAGGUAUCUAUAUCUAACUCUACUAGACAGGUAU